GUGGACAGCCAGUGUGGGCCAGAGGGAGCACAGCUCAAGUCACCAUGAGCACACAGGUGCCAAGGGACAGCAGAAGAUGGGUGCAGAGUUUCUCUAUCCCACACCUGUCAAGAGGACUGUGGUCCAGGAGCUGCAGCUGAAGCACAGUGACACUAUCUGGGCCCCAUCCGUCCUUCCUCACAGCACCCUCAGCACCUUAGGCCUCCACCCCCAGCCACAUUUUGGGAGAAAGAUGGAGUCCAAGGUCUCAGAAGGCGGCCUGAAUGUGACCCUGACCAUCCGCCUGCUGAUGCAUGGAAAGGAAGUCGGCAGCAUCAUUGGGAAGAAAGGAGAGACUGUGAAGAAGAUGCGUGAGGAGAGUGGCGCCAGGAUCAACAUCUCAGAGGGAAACUGCCCAGAGAGAAUUGUGACCAUCACAGGCCCAACGGAUGCUAUUUUCAAGGCCUUUGCCAUGAUUGCCUAUAAGUUUGAAGAGGACAUCAUUAACUCCAUGAGUAACAGCCCUGCCACCAGCAAACCCCCGGUGACAUUGAGGCUGGUGGUCCCGGCCAGCCAGUGUGGGUCCCUGAUCGGCAAAGGUGGAUCCAAGAUCAAGGAGAUCAGGGAGUCCACAGGUGCCCAGGUCCAGGUGGCAGGGGACAUGCUGCCCAACUCCACAGAGCGGGCAGUGACCAUCUCAGGGACACCAGAUGCCAUCAUCCAGUGCGUCAAGCAGAUCUGUGUGGUCAUGCUGGAGUCCCCACCGAAAGGUGCCACCAUUCCCUACCGCCCAAAGCCCGCCUCCACCCCUGUCAUUUUUGCAGGUGGUCAGGUAAGAGCCGACCCACUCGCGGCCUCCACUGCCAACCUCAGCCUUUUACUGCAGCACCCGCCGCUGCCCGCCUACACGAUCCAGGGACAGUACGCCAUCCCCCACCCGGAUCAGUUGACCAAGCUCCACCAGUUGGCCAUGCAGCAAACCCCCUUUCCUCCCCUCGGACAGACCAACCCCGCUUUCCCCGGAGAAAAGCUGCCUUUACACUCCUCCGAAGAAGCUCAAAAUCUGAUGGGCCAGUCGUCAGGUCUGGAUGCCAGCCCCCCGGCCAGCACUCACGAGCUCACCAUUCCCAAUGAUCUAAUAGGCUGCAUAAUUGGACGCCAAGGGACCAAAAUCAAUGAAAUUCGUCAGAUGUCCGGGGCUCAGAUCAAAAUCGCCAAUGCCACUGAAGGGUCGUCAGAGCGUCAGAUCACCAUCACGGGGACCCCGGCCAACAUCAGCCUUGCCCAGUACCUCAUCAACGCCAGGCUGACGUCCGAGGUCACCGGGAUGGGUGCGCUGUAGUCCCGCCCAGGACCCUCCAUCCUGCACACCUGAUGCUCAAGCCUGCAGCCUCACUGGCCGCCUGCCCCUCCUGCAAACAUGAAUAGAGCGUUUUCUUUACUAGCAGAGCCCACGUGUGCUGUGGACAUGGCACAGACAUCCACGCCCACGCCCCGAGUUAGCUGUGCCCGUCCCUGCGUCCGCAUGCUGUGCUGGUUACUUUAAUGCCUCAUGGUACUCUGUGUGGCGUCUUAGAGACCUGUUCCUCAGUGUCAGUGUGACUGUCUGUUUUAAGAGUUGGCUGCUUUGUCAGCACUUCUGUGACCUGUUCUCCCCCGCACUUGGACACCCUCCUUCCCCGCAUCAUGCUGACUCAGUUUCCCCUCAGAGCCCUGAUGUCUGGGUUCAUGUUUCCACUCCGGGUCAUGUGCUAGAGUCAGGGUGUCUUUCCUGCACCUGCAGGGAGUGCCUGGGAGAGGAAGAGCUUGGGGGUGACCUGAGGAGCAGGGUGGGGGCAGAGGUUGCUGGUCUGCUGCCUGGGGUGUCUCAUGGCGGCGUCCAGGAAGCCCUUGGCACUCAGUGUUGGAGUUAAUAAAUGUCAUGUGCCCUUG